ACGCAAAUGUUGAAAAUGUAAUCAACUGCACGCGAUACCGAGUUAAUUCUUCUAAGCGACAAAAUCAAGGUUGAGAGUUCAAUGACUGGGGGAAGUCUGAGACGAAAAGACUGCUGACCACAAGCUCAGUUGACUUGAUCAGAUCCUACAGAGCACUACGUCUGUUUGAACGUGUGCGUUAAGUUUGAAAAUAUCUCUUAUUGUUAAUCGACCAAUAAGUACUUGGAGAUUCGCUGUCGCGAAUCUUGAUACUUCUUUCAGUUCUUGUGCUCCACAGACCACACGAGCUGCUGUUUUUCCACUUCAGCAAUCGCUAUAGCUCACAACUCGUAGUGAAAAGUCAACCAUUUCUCAAUCAGUCAAGUUAUCGCUGUUGCGCUGGGUGUUAUUACAAACCGCUGUAGAUCACAAUAUAAGUACGAUAAUGUCAAAUAUUUUUCGUAUACUGAAUCGAUCAGUGUUAAAAUUCGGAUGCUGGAAUGUUAGACCAGAUUUCAAAUUUUCUAUAAAUAAACGAGGAAUGUUUUUUGCUGCCAAUGGAAAUCACCGCGAUGAGCUUUAUGUUGAUACGCAAAAGAAUGCAUUUCUAUCCACCCCGUCGAUUCAAACGAAAUGUCAGAGCAACUGGUACUCUACAAAAACUAAGUUGCGAGUGAACGAAGAAAAUAUUGUGAGCAGUCCAUUCGAAGAAUUGGAAAUUAGUCAAGAACUUUUACAUGAAUUCGUUUGGAAAAACAUAAAUCGAUGGCCCAACAAAACAGCAGUGGUCUGCCCAAUAACUGGUAAAUCAUAUACUUACGCUCAACUACGUAAAUUGAGUGGAAAAUUCGCAAAUUCUUUGCGUAAAUUAAAUUUGCGCCCCGGAAGUAUCAUCUCCGUAAUUUUACCGAACAUUGUUGAAUUUCCUAUUGUUGUUUUGGGAGCUUCAGAGGCUGGGAUUAAAAUAACUACGUCAAAUCCUGUAUCCACGGCAAAGGAAAUCGAUCGUCAAUUAAUAAAUUCCGAUGCUUGCGCAAUUAUUACCAUACCAGAACUAUACACCCUAGCAAAACAGAGUAUCUCUGGAAAUUCCAAUAUUAAACUACCGAUAAUCUUAAUUGACGAAUCAAUCAAUAAUUCUUUGCCGGAAAGUACUAUCAGAUUCAGCGAACUGGUAUCAGAUUCCGUUGAAAUGAUAAGUGAAUCCGAAACCUCAAGAGAUAACAGUAAUGAAGCUAUAUACUUGCCAUAUUCCAGUGGGACAACUGGAUUGCCAAAAGGGGUGGAGUUGUCGCAUCGAAAUAUGAUCAUGAACUUCAAACAGCUAAGCACGAAAGGGGUGUAUACAGGUAGCGAAACAACCGAAACACAUCAAGACGUACUUCCCCUAAUAUUGCCGGCAUUUCAUGCAUACGGAAUGGUCGUCGUACUACUGAAUUAUUUGUGCAGAGGGGCUAAGAUAUUAUGCUUGAGAAAAUUCACUCCUGAAGGUAUGGUAAAAUGUCUAGAGGCUGGAUCGAAUUUGUUGUACCUAGCACCUCCACUGGUACUAUUUUUGGGAAACAGCGACCUAAUCGCUUCGAAACAUUUAGAAAGAGUUAACUUUGUUAUGUCAGGAGCUGCGCCAAUUGGUGAGGAGAGCGUCCGGCGUUUCUUGAAUAAAGCUAAUCACGAAAUUAUAGUUGCACAGGGAUACGGAGCAACCGAAACUGGUCCAGUUGUUUCAACAACUGAUAAUGGACUGGACAAUUUAAACGCAGUUGGAUAUGUUGUGUCAAACACAAACUUGCGUAUUGUUGGUUUAGAUGAGCAGAACGUAGGAAAAAAUUUGGGGGUCAACGAAGUGGGAGAAAUUUACGUUCGAGGUCCCCAGAUAAUGAAAGGAUAUCACAAAAAUCCUGUAGCUACGGCAGAAACGAUGGAUGGUGACUGGUAUAAGACCGGUGAUAUCGGAUGUUACGACGAGAUCGGUCACAUACUAGUUAAGGAUCGACUGAAAGAAUUGAUAAAAGUGAAAGGUUUCCAAGUUCCCCCAGCAGAAUUAGAGGAACUAUUACGAUCUAAUGAAAACAUAUUAGACGCUGCAGUAGUUGGAGAGCAACACCCUCAGUUCGGUGAAUUGCCCAAGGCGUUUGUAGUAUGCAAACCAGGAAAAAGACUCGACGAGGAUGCGGUAAAAAAAUUCAUCGCCGAACGUGUACCAAAAUACAAGCGAUUGGGAACUGUCAAAUUCAUAGACGUAAUCCCGAAAAGUGCCGCCGGUAAAAUACUAAGGCGGGAAUUGAAGAAUAUGUAAAAUGAAUCGAUCUUGCUAGACAACUAACGAUUCCAAACUUUUAUCUUUUGUUUAAGAUUUCCUGCGAAUAGUUCAUUUUUAAAUCACCUUUUGAUGGAAAUUAUCUUUUACUUCGGUUAUAAGAGAACUUUCUUUUUUUUAUUCCAAGUAUUAAUUUACACCCACAAAGACUUAUAUUUCUAAUGUCUAUUUAUGUUUCAGGAACUAUUAUUUUUGUUCAAUGAAUAAAUAAUUGAUAAUGAUGUACGAGAAUAGAGAGUGACUCGCUUCCUAAUUGUUCCCAAUCGAAAACAAUAUAGGUAUUACGUAAAUGUGCGUAUAAGUUCUUGAAAUAUAAAAUUGUUUCAGGUUGUUUUUUAGUUUUCUUUUUGUUUGUUUUUUUUGUAUUUUUAUUGAAUGUUGCGAAUAUAUACAAAGGGAACUAAUAAUAACUAUUACAUGAUAUAACUAAAUAAACAAAAGUAGUUAUAAUAAUUGUAACGUAUGUUAAUAUUACUUUAAAUAACAUAUAAUUUCAUAACCAAAAUUCAGGUGCGCUGACGUCGUCAUUUUCAUUUGAAUUAACAAUCCACUCGCUGAUGUCAAUUCCAAAUUACACAGCGCGUCUGAUACCUUAGCAUUUAACUGAUCGUACCCAUUUUCUGUUGGUCACCCAUUACAGAUUAUCAGGCUCAAUUGAAGAGAGAUCAACUUGUUUUAAAUUGUUUUCAAUGAUUUUUAAAAUAAUCAAUCUCUCCAGUAUCAAAUUGAAAAGGUAGCACCUAUUUACGAAAACGUUAAUUCAUAAGUCAAUUUUUGUUUUCGCGCAUUCAGAUGUUCAAAUAACGUGAGGAGAACUCAAUCAGGGAAGAAUUCAGUUUAUCGCGAAUUUUUAUUAUUACAAACCUAAACCACUUUCAUCAUUUCCAUCAAUUUUGAAUUUUGUUGCGAUGAUGGUGAAACAAAAAAAGAGAUUCAGAUGAAAUGGUAGUUUUCAAUUCAAUAAUUCAAUUUUCUUUCAUUUUUUCUUUAUAAAAAAUAUUUUUAAUGUGUAACAGGCUUGUAAAAAUAGUAAGCCCAUAGGUAUCAAAUCAAAUUGGCAGUGAAAUACCUAAUCCUUAUUGCGACUUUUAUAAAUUUCCAAAAAUAUUUAAGUCGGUGAAUGAACAGACCACAAGUAAAUAUUACUUUUCAAAUAGCAAUGACAUUUUUAUUGCUUGUAAAAUAUCUCCAGCCUCUAACCAUGCAUGGGAUUCAAAUUAUUAUCUUUUUUCUCAUCUUUUUUUGCAUUCAUAUAUUCUUUUUAAUAUACAACACACAUGCAGCAUUGAGUAAUACAAGACACUUUGGUGGAAGACGAUAAAAGUAAUUAAUAUGUUCGCGCGCGAUAUGCAUCAAUGGAAAUUACAAAAAAAAGUGAAAAUUAACACGAUAAAUUUUAUUGCAAGUUUGAUGAUUUAAUAUACAUAUGUUAUGUUAUACAAGAUAAACGAUCAAAGAUUAGGAACAACACUCGAACAGCCGAUACUGAGCUACUUCAAAACUUAUUGUUGAAGAAUAUUCGAAGAAAAUUUGGGAUUGAUUAUAGAUGAAUAUUUGAAAGAUUCAUGGUUUCAGCCUUCCUUAAAUAGAUGCUACCAUUAAAUCUGGAUAAAGCCCUUAGAAAGUGUCCUAUAUCACUCUUUACAACACCUGUUUAACGUCACUAUCAUUUUCCUCAGUCCUUUUACAAUAGAUAUACCCUCUGCCACCAGAAAAAUAGAAUUCUUAAAACUUAAGCUUAGUUCGUAGAUCUAUCAUACGACCUAAGUGUGUAACACAAGGAUGAGUAUGAGAUACCGAGAAAAAUAUACAAUGGAACAAAAUUCUACCCUCUAAUUCAGGAUGCUCGUCUGAAUUUCAGGCCAAACCACAAAAUUUAUGUUCUGAUGAGAGGUGCAGGAAUUAUACACUUGAUACAAUAUUCCCAAUACUUUGUCGUGCAUCUUUGCGCAAAUGUAUGUAGUUACAUCAUAUUUUUUGCGGAAGAGUCGAAUUUCACUGUCUACUUUGCCGGUAUCUCUCUCUUCCUUAAACUCUGAGACAUAACUGUCCUUUAACAACAAUAACUGAUUAUCGAGCGUUUGCAAUAAUUAAUUUGAAUUCGAUAUAUAUAUAUAUAUAAUAUAUUUAUAUAUAUCAAAAAUAUCCUUAGUAAAAUAGAGAAUUUAUAUGUAUAAUGUAUUAUUUAUAUACUUUGCAUUGUAUUACACUCUGUUACAUGUAAUUAGUAGCUUUCAUAUAUGUAGGUUGCUGCAAUAUUCCGUUGUAACAUUUUCUUGUUAUUUUUUCUGUUUAACUUUUUCAAAGUUUCCUGAACUACUUGCUGUUUUGUAAUCCACAAAAACGGAGGAUAAAGAGUGCCAAAUAACAGAUGAAACUUCAAGAACUCAACCUUACUGAUAAAUAAUUUGUACACAGUACGCGAAAUUAUGUUUCUGUCCUAUUGCAAGAGUAUGGAUAAUAGAAAGGAAUUUGUCAAAUCUACUUGAAAAACUGACGUCGAUGUUAAAACACAUCAACAUCUUGGAACUUACAUCUUACUUAUACUUCAGAUCUUCUACACAUGGAUACAUCUCAUAUGUUUUGGUAUGUCAAUCAAUGAUUCAAACUUUGCACCUUGUAUUAUAUAAAGUCGAUACAAAAUGUUACACAGCCCUUAGAUUGAUUUCUCCAUACUUACAUAAAUACGCUUCUUUAUGUGAAUUAUCAUGGAAAACUUUUUACACCGUGCAAAAUUUAAUAUAUCUGAUUGGGUAAUAGAGUGGCACUUGGGGGGGGGG